AAUGGAUAACCGAUUAGAGAGAAAUGUCAAUAAACUCAUGGAUCGUUAUAAAAAAACUAGUCAGUAGAUCGAUUAGAUCAUGUAAUAUGAACCAACUCCUCAAUAACCUGUCACAUAUUUUAUAGGUAGAUCAAGACCAAGUAAAAUCAAUGAUGAUGAGUAAUUCAUAUUUAUCUAUAAUUUCAGUGAUGAUUCUUCAAGAGAAAGACGUAGAUAAAGUGGAUCAUUAGAGUAAAUUAGUAGAUUAAGGGAAACCUUGAAUGCUAGGGAUAUGCAAGAAAGAGAAAAAUAUGAAAGAAUAAGAAUCUUAAAUAAGGAAUUAAAAGUACUUUUCUUUAUAACAUCCUUUAGAUUACACUUAAGGAAUAUAUGACAGUUAAUAAAGAAUUGGAAGGAAAGUUAUCAUCAAAGGAUAAAUAAAUUAGAGCAUUUGAAUAAGAAAAUAAAUAAUUAUUAGAUUAAUUAAACAAAGGAGAUUUAAAUACCAAAGAGGUUAAAAUAAAAGCAGAGACUUCAGAAAAAUUAAUUGAAGAAUUACAAUAGCAAAAUCAUAUAUUAAAAUAAAAAUUAGGAGAUAAAAAAUAAAAAUUAACUGCUUUAAGAGAUUAGUUAAAAUAAGCAGAGACAGUUUAUGAAGAACAAGGAUAAAAUUUUGGUAGAGAACUUGAAAGAGUUUAAAAAUUAUGUGAGGAUUUUUCUAAUGAAAUGUAAUCAUAUAUUAUUUAAAUAGAAAAAAUUAAGAAGAAUAAAAUAAGGAAUUAGAGGGAGAGUUAUUAAAAUAAAGAGAUGAAUUAAUUAAUAGAGAUGAACAAAUUCGAUAUUUUGAAUAAAUGUAUUAGGAUAUUAGAUACAGAGAUGCUGAUUAAUAAUCUUAAAUAGAAUAUCUAAAUUAAUAAAUCAAUUAUUAUAAGUAAUAGUUAGAUUAAGCUACAUAUAAAUAAGAUGAGGCAUAUAAUUAAUUAGCUAAAGUUGAAAAGCAAUAGCAAUAAUUUUUGUAGUCUUAAGAAUAAGAAAUUGAAAAGAGAGUAUCAAAUUAUAAAGAUUUACUUGAAAAAAAGAAAUAAAAAAUUAAUGAAUAAAAAUUAUCUAUUGAUAAUUUAAAUUAAAAAAUAACUGAUUUUUAGAGAUUACUUGAUAAUGAAGAGAAAAAUCAUUCAAUUUAAAUUUAAGAUUAUUAGAAAUUAUAAUAAAUCAAUUCUGAACUUAAAUCUGUUAUUGAUAAUUAGUAAAAUAAAUUAUUAACAGCAGAAAAUAGAAUCUAAAGUCUCGUUCUUGAAAUAUAAGAUUAAAAAUCUGCAUUAUAAAUUAAAAAACAAAAAUUUGAAGAAUUUGAAUUAUAAUCUCGACAAGAUUUUCGUACAAUAGAAUAAGUAUUAUAGAAUAUUAAAUUUUUAGUUAAAAAAUUAAGUUCUUCAUUUAUAGGAACAAUUAACUAAAUCAUAAUAGUAUUGUAGGGAUUUAGAAAAUGAUAUUUAAAUGACAAAACAUGAGAAUGAUAAAACCAUGGAUGAAAUUGAGAUUAAAAUUGACCAUCUGGUAAAAUAGUUAGCUUAAAGUAAAGAAGAAAUUAAGGAAUACAAAAAUAGAGAAAAUGAAUUGAAAUAAAAAAUAAAAUCUUAAGAAGAAGAAAUCCUUAAACAUGCUUAAAAAUCUGCUAAAUAUAAAUAAUAGAUUGAAUAGAGUCAGUAUUCAUUAAAACAAGUAUAUAGUCUAAAACUAAUUAAUAGAUUGAAGAGAAAGUUAGAAUUUAUGAAAGUGAAAGAGAGAUUUAAUCAAGAUAAGUUUUGUAAGUUAAAUAGGAUUAAACUACAACACAAAAUAAGUUGAGAGUUUUGGAAGACAUACAUUCAUUAAUAAAAAUGCACAAAAAAAUUUGA